AUGUCUGGUCGAGGAAAAGCAGCUAAGAGUGGAAAGAGCACAAGCAAAAGCAGGUCUGUGCGAGCCGGUUUGCAGUUUCCUGUUGGGCGCAUACACCGCUUUCUUCGAAAAGGUUUGCUCUGAAUUUCUGUUAUAAAAGGUCUUGUAACGUCCCAAUGGUCGCUUGUUGUAGAAGUGUGAAUUAUAGUUAUCACAAAUUCAUUUUAUUACAAAAGAACUGUUCUCUACUCCCACACUGUUGAAUGUCUCCCCUCGUAGCAUUUUCCUCUUUGAGUACAAUUUUGAAAAUACGUUUUGUCCGUCAAAUUCUCUCAGUAGAAGAGCUUCUUUAAAAACUGACCUUUCUCUCCGCUUUAUCUUAGCACGUGUUCUCAGUUUUUAAAAGGAGACAUUCCAAUUGAAAAUAGUUGACUAUUUCUCUACUGCAGGACAGUACGCCCAGCGUGUUGGUAAUGGAGCGCCCGUUUACCUCGCAGCAGUGCUGGAAUACCUCUCGGCGGAAGUCCUAGAACUGGCUGGAAACGCAGCUCGGGACAACAAGAAAUCCCGUAUCAUCCCGCGCCAUUUGCAGCUGGCUGUGCGAAACGACGAGGAGCUUAAUCAGCUUUUGUCCCACGUGACCAUAGCAGAUGGCGGCGUACUGCCAAAUAUUCAAGCUGUGCUACUUCCUAAGAAGACAGCCUCCAAAUCUGGAGGUUCAAAGAUAGGAAACUCGAGCCAAAGCCAAGAAUACUGA